AGGCAGAGUUAAGGAGGAUGGCAGAGAAAGCAAUAGAGAUGAGGAAUGUGAUUGGUAUAUAGGGAGGGGGAGGGAAAGUGACCGUCAUCAUGGAGACCAUAAGGAUAGAAGUGACAGAAAGGAACGUGAACGGGAUAGAGUUGAUGAUCAUGAUCGUCACCUAAGCAGGUCUAGAUCUGAAGAUCAUGAUCGUGAUCUCCAUAGCCGUCACCAUAGGCAAGGUUACGAUAAUUAUGAAAGACAUCAUGGCCGUGAUGCUGUUGAUCAUCGCAGCCGAGAUUAUGAUAGGGGUUAUGAUAGAGAGAGUGAAUGGCGUCACAGCCAUGGAUCCCGAUCUAGGUCUAGUGACAGAUCCAGGCAUAGAUCAAGGUCUCGGUCUCGUUCCAGGUUAAAGAGGGAUUAUGAUAGAGAGGGUGAAGGGCGUCACAAACAUAGAUCCCAAUCUCGAUCAAGGGACGGAUACAGGCACAAGUCAAGGUCUCGGUCUCGUUCAGGAUCAAAGAGUAAACGAACCAGUGGGUUCGACAUGCCACCGCCGAUCAUGAUGCCCAAUGUUUCUGUUCCAGGUACGUACUAAAUUUUUGUCUUCUAUUUUCAUUUUGAGCUUUUCUGGUAAUUGCUGCAGAAUUGUGUGAUGAUGCAUGCUUUUAUCGGGUAAGCUGUCACUCUAUGCAUUAUCUAGUUGUGGAUGCCUCACGUAACCUUCUUUUUCAUUUUUGUUCAACAACUUGACUCUGAAGCUGAAGGGGUUUUUUUUUUUUUGGUUGUUAUUGCUUUGUUGUUUUUUGUUUGUUCUUUGUAUAAUGUUGUUUUGAUAAGGCAAUUCCCUACUGCCAAUGGCUGCGAGCUGACUACUGUAGCUUUAAUGUACAAGGAGGAAUGAGCACCUAUUUGAUGUCUUGGAGCUCAGGGCGUAUCUCUCAUCCAUGAGGAAAAGAUGAUGCCGUGCAAAAUUUCUGCUAAUAUUGUAAACAGUGUGUUUUUUGUAGCCUAAUUUUGUUUUACAGGCCAGGUACCUGGGACAACUGCUGCUGUUCCUGGAAUGCUUCCCAAUAUGUUUCUUUUGGGAGCAGGACAGGUUCAGUUCCCAACUAUUCCAUUGAUGCCUGUGCAAGCUAUGACACAACAGUAUCAGGCUACUCGGCAUGCUCGUCGUGUUUACGUUGGUGGUCUUUCUGCUACUGCUAAUGAGCAGUCAGUUGCAAGCUUUUUUAGUCAAGUAAUGUCUGCUAUUGGCGGAAACACAGCAGGGCCUGGUGAUGCUGUUGUUAAUGUUUAUAUAAACUAUGAGAAAAAGUUUGCUUUUGUGGAAAUGAGGUCUGUUGAGGAAGCAAGUAAUGCCAUGGCUUUGGAUGGCAUCAUAUUUGAGGGGGCACCAGUAAAGGUUCGAAGGCCGAGUGACUACAAUGCUCCUUUGGCUGCUGCACUCGGCUCAAGCCAGCCUAAUCCAAAUCUUAAUCUUGCUGCUGUUGAGCUGUUGUUGGGAUCUGCUUCUGGCCUUGAGGAGCCAGAUCGUAUUUUUGUUGGUGGACUCCCAUACUACUUCACGGAAGCGCAGGUGCGAGAGUUGCUCGAAUCAUUUGGAGCCCUUCGAGGUUUUGAUUUGGUCAAGGACAGGGAAACUGGUAAUUCGAAGGGCUAUGCUUUUUGUGUCUACCAAGAUCUUUCGGUCACGGACAUUGCAUGUGCUGCUCUUAAUGGUAUAAAGAUGGGUGAUAAAACACUUACGGUCCGACGUGCAAACCAGGGAAUUGCUCAACCCAGACCAGAGCAAGAAAAUAUUUUGUUGCAGGCACAACAACAGGUAGCAAUUCAGCGGCUUGUGUUACAAGUGGGAUCCCUUCCAACCAAGGUUGUCUGCUUAACUCAGGUGGUUAGUGCAGAUGAAUUGAAGGACGAUGAGGAAUAUGAAGAAAUUCUGGAUGACAUGAAGGGAGAGGGUGAAAAAUAUGGCACUUUGGUGAAUGUUGUCAUUCCUCGGCCAGGCCCUAAUGGAGAAGCUACACCUGGAGUUGGAAGGGUAUUCUUAGAAUAUGCAGACAUCGAGGGAUCGGCCAAAGCUCGAUUAGGGUUGCAUGGAAGAAAGUUCGCUGGAAAUCAAGCGGUCGCAAUUUUUUAUGAAGAAAACAAGUAUGCGAAAGGCGAAUACGAUGCCUAAUUAUUUUAUUUAUUUUCAGUCUUUUUUUUGUGGAUUCCAUCAUGUUUCUGAGUUAUACUAUCCUACGGCAGUUGGUUCUUGGUUUAAGCUAUAAAUCAUAUUUUAAUAAAAUGAUUAUGUAUAUCAAAAUCUUUAUUUUGGAUAUAAGUAAACAUUUGCAUUACUUUUAGGCUAUAAUUAUACUCGGAAGUCAGAAGUGGGGAUUUCAAUCACUCAGGUUUAGGGGCCGUUUGGUCGAGUGAAUUGUGUUGGGGGGGGUGUUGUA